CCAAACACUUACUUUUACACAUCAGUAUACUUGCACCAUGGGUCGCCGCGCAAAGAAUAAGCAGGAUGUGCCUCUGCCGCUGGAGCAGGAGCGGGCCACAGGCAAAGUAACCAAGGUGUUGCACGACCGUCUGCGGCACGAAAAGAUCCAGACGCGCAAGCGCACAGCCAAUGUGGGCAAGACGGCCCCAGGGAAGCGUGCUGCAGAGACCAAGGCAGCUACCAGCAAGCGCAAGCGUGAUGAAGAGGCUGCCAAGCCCAAGCCCAAGCCCAAGGCAAAGAAGACCAAGGUUGUUGAGCCCGAGAGCGAGGAGGAAGAGGAAGAAGAAGAGGAGGAAGCCGAGUCUGUUGUGCUCCUUGAGGGAGCGCCGGACGAUGGAUGGGACAACGCACCGAUGGCGUCUGACAGUGAAGAUGAUGGCGCGUCUAUGAGCGAGUUUGACAGUGACGAUGACGACGAUGAGCGUCAGGAGCCGAUUGCUCUGCUACAGUCUGACGAUGAGGACUCUGAUUCUGAGACCGGUGGUAUGGAGUCCUACGACGAGUUCGAUACAGCCGACGAAGACGGUGAGCCAGUGACAUUCCGCGACAUGGAGAAGCGGUCGCGGCUUCUGGAGGCACAGCAGAAGGCUGAAGAGGAGCUGGCCGAGCUCGAGCAGCUGGCGGCCGAGGAGGCAGCCGAGGGAGAGCGUGCGCUGUUUACUCUGCCGAGUGCCGAGCAGAUUGAGGCUGAGAAGGAGGCCCCCCUGGAUCUCCAGCAAGUGCAGCUCCGGAUCCAGGAGGUGAUCCGUGUACUCAACAACUUUGCGGAUCUGCGUGACCCGGAGCGGUCGCGUGAGGACUACAUGACGCAGCUAAAGCGCGAUAUGUGCUUCUACUACGGGUACAACGAGUACCUGAUGGACAAGAUGCUGCAGAUCUUCCCGGUAAGCGAGGCAGUCGAGUUCUUCGAGGCCAACGAGACUGCGCGUCCCGUGACUAUCCGUACCAACACGCUCAAGACGCGGCGACGUGAUCUGGCCCAGGCACUCAUCAACCGUGGUGUCAAUCUCGAUCCGAUUGGAAAGUGGACCAAGGUUGGGCUCACGAUCUUUGAUUCGCCUGUGCCUGUCGGUGCUACGCCCGAGUACAUGGCAGGCCACUAUAUGAUCCAGGCGGCGUCGUCGUUUUUGCCCGUAAUGGCGCUAGGCCCGCAGGAGAACGAGAAGGUGCUGGAUAUGUCGGCUGCCCCCGGAGGCAAGACCACGUACUGCUCAGCAAUGAUGAAGAACACCGGACUGGUGGUGGCCAACGAUGCCAACAAGGAGCGUGAGAAGGCCCUGGUGGCAAACAUCCACCGCCUGGGCAUCAGCAACACGCUGGUUUGCAACUACGAUGGCCGUGAGUUCCCCCGUGUCAUGGGCGGCUUCGACCGUGUGCUGCUGGAUUCGCCGUGCAGUGGUACGGGUGUCAUUUCGAAGGAUGCAUCAGUCAAGAUCAACAAGAGCCAGGAUGAUUUCACCAUGCUGACGCACCUGCAAAAAGAGCUGAUUCUGUCGGCCAUUGACUCAGUCAACGCCGACUCGCCUACCGGCGGAUUCUUGGUGUACUCGACGUGCUCGGUUACAGUCGAUGAGAACGAGGCCAUUGUGAACUAUGCGCUGGGCAAGCGGCCGAAUGUCAAGCUGGUUGACACUGGCCUGGACUUUGGCCGUCCUGGGUUCACGAGCUUCCGCGGCCACACGUUCAACAGCUCGCUGUCGCUGACGCGCCGGUUCUACCCUCACGCGCACAACAUGGACGGGUUCUUUGUGGCCAAGCUGCAAAAGACCUCCAACAAGAUCACCACUACCGAUGACCAGGUGAUUGUGCCGACAGGCAGCGGUGCCAGGAUAAAGCACAAGAAGCGCAGGAACUAGAAGAAAAAGCACAGCGCUACAAGCGUUAGAAGCUGCCGAGGUGACUCGCCAAAAUAAAAUUAAGAAAUUUUUGAACACAAUUUAACCAUAGUUGAAGUAGUCGUGGCCUUAUCUGAACACUUGGUCUUGAGCUCAUUCCAAGCGAGACCGCUUUUUGACUCUGCAUCUUUACACACCCCUUCGAACCAUGAGCUUUGGUGGACCACCACAGAGCACGCUCAGACCGACGCCACCGGACCGCGGCAGUUUCCCGCUCGACCAUGGCGGCGAGUGCACGGUGUUUAUGAGCAGGUAUCUCGACUGCCUGCAGGAGAAGCGCGGCAGCAGCCAGCUAUGCAAGCCGCUGUCCAAAGACUACCUCGAGUGCCGGAUGCAAAGGUAAGA